AUGAAAUACUCCUUCGUUACUCUGGCCGCGGUGGCCGGAGCCGCACUCGCGGCGCCUCCGCCGUCCGCCAUCGACAACUUCGGCCCGGACUUCUUCACCCCUUUCUGCAACCUCGACUACAAGGGCAAGCCAUGCGAGGAGAUCGUUGGGAAGGGCGACAAAAAUGCUGAUGCUAUCUGCAAGGCUGGCCGUGAGCACUUCUGCGGUCCUCAGAAGCGUGAUGCUGUCCCUGAGCCUCAGCCCGACCCUGUCGCUGAUCCCAUGCCUUGGUGUACUUGGCGUGGACAGCCCUGCUGGAAGGAGAAGAUGAAGGCUAAGCGUGAAGCUAUUCCCGAGCCUGUUGCAGCUCCUCAACCUGAUCCCGUCGCUGAUCCCAUGCCUUGGUGUACCUGGCGCGGACAGCCUUGUUGGAAGGAGAAGAUGAAGGCCAAACGUGAAGCUAUUCCCGAGCCUGUCGCAGCCCCUCAGCCCGAUCCUGUUGCCGACCCUAUGCCCUGGUGCACUUGGCGCGGUCAACCUUGCUGGAAGGAAAAGAUGGCCAAACGAGAGGCCAUCGCCGAGCCAGUUGCUGCACCCCAGCCUGAUCCAGUUGCUGAGCCGAUGCCGUGGUGCACCUGGCGAGGUCAGCCAUGCUGGAAGGAAAAGAUGAAGGCCAAGCGUGAAGCCGAAGCUAUUCCCGAACCCAUUGCCGCUCCUCAACCCGAUCCCGUUGCCGAUCCCAUGCCUUGGUGUACCUGGCGUGGUCAGCCAUGCUGGAAGGAGAAGAUGGCCAAACGCGAGGCUAUCCCUGAACCAGUUGCUGCUCCCCAACCCGACCCUGUCGCCGACCCCAUGCCCUGGUGCACCUGGAGGGGCCAACCCUGUUGGAAGGAAAAGAUGGCUAAGCGUGAGGCUAUUGCCGAACCCGUUGCCGCUCCUCAGCCUGAUCCUGUUGCUGAGCCUAUGCCUUGGUGCACCUGGCGCGGACAGCCUUGCUGGAAGGAAAAGAUGCGAAUGGCCAAACGUGAGGCUAUUCCCGAACCUGUUGCUGCUCCUAAGCCCGACCCCGUUGCUGAGCCUAUGCCUUGGUGCACAUGGCGCGGACAGCCCUGCUGGAAAGAGAAGAUGCGUAUGGCCAAGCGUGAGCCUGAAGCUAUCCCCGAACCCGUCGCUGCCCCCAAGCCUGAUCCUGUUGCCGAGCCUAUGCCCUGGUGCACAUGGCGCGGACAGCCCUGCUGGAAGGACAAGAUGAAGCUCAAGACCCGUGAAGCCGCUCCCGUCGCUGAGCCUGAACCUAAGCCUUGGUGCAUGUGGCGCGGACAACCCUGCUGGAAGAAGACCAAGCGCGCCGCUGCCGCUGAGCCCGCACCCGAGGCUGAGAACGAACCUAGAUGGUGCAUGUGGCGAGGUCAGCCUUGCUGGAAGAAGACCAAGCGUGAUGCUACUCCUGAGCCCUGGUGCAUGUGGCGUGGCCAGCCAUGUUGGAAGGCUAAGCGCGACGCUGCUCCUGAGCCCUGGUGUAUGUGGCGAGGACAGCCAUGCUGGAAAGCCAAGCGUGAUGCGGGUCAAGCUCUCUCCAACGCCCUCCACGCAACUCGAUCUCUCGACACCCGAUCCGCCGACGCACCCAGCACCACUCAUCUCCCCCGCGACGCCGCUCACAAGGCCAAGCGCUCCAUCGUCGAGCUCGCCAACCUGAUCGCCCUCUCUGCGCGUGGUAGUCCCGAGGAGUACUUCAAGAGCCUCGAGCUCGAGACUUUCUUCCCCGACGCUGCUCCCAACGCUACCGCCAAGCGCGACCUCAACACUCUUCAGGAGGAUAAGCGCUGGUGCAUGUGGCGAGGACAACCUUGCUGGAAGGCCAAGCGCGCUGCUGAGGCAGUUCUCGAUGCCGUCGAUGGCGAUGAUGGUGCUAUUGGUCCUGGAGGUCCCGACUCUCACUACGACACUCGGGAUUUCAAGGCUGAGAACUUUGCGGCCAAGCGAGAUCUCAUUGCUAUCAAGGCAGCAGCUCGCAGCAUCGCCGACAUGCCCGAAGAAUAA